AAUACCAGAGCAUUCCCACAGGACUCACCAUCCCUCCCUUCCAGGCAGCGGCCCCGGGUCCCCAGCGGGGCGCCUGCCCACAAACAUGGCUGCUCCCUGCUCAGCUUCUCCUCGCCGGGGCCGUGGCGCCAGGCCGGCUCUGCCAGUACUCGGGGACUUCCUCCGCGAACCGGCUUCCUGCACGGCUGGCAUUUAAACCCGCGCCUAGGGCUGCGGGCUGCGGGCUGCGGCUGCGGAUGCUGAGCUGUCCACGGGCUGGGCAGCGCCGCCGCCUCCUCUGAGGCGCCAGGCGAGGCAGGAGAGGAGCCGAAGCAUCUGUUAACUGCGCCCAGGGCCAAGCAGGACAGGGCUCGGGGAGCUUGGGGACGCCGGCAUCGGACCCCGGCAUCUGGCAGUUUAAUUGCAGGUUUGACUUUAAUUUCCAAGAUCGCGAUCCUUCUGCCCAGCCCAGACAUUUUUCCUCCCUCCGGCCUUGGUUGCUGCAUGAAGCCCGGGCUGGGCUUCGUCCCAGACGCAGAAGAGCGCAUUCCUGGCCCCGCGCCGUCGCCCCAGGGACCCCGGAGCCGCGUGCCCGGGCCAUGGUGCGGCUGAGCCCCGCGCUCGGGUGAGGCGGCGGCGCGGCUCGGAGCCCGGCGGGUCGGCCCUGCGGGGCACCUUCCCCCGAGGAGCCUAGGGCGCCCGGACGCGGGGCUCCGCUCCCUGCUGCUGGGGCUGCGCGCGGGGGGCGAGCGGCGGCCGCGAUGUUCAGCUGGCUGGGUUCCGACGACCGCCGGAGGAAGGACCCCGAGGUCUUCCAGACAGUGAGCGAGGGGCUCAAGAAACUCUAUAAGAGCAAGCUGCUACCCCUGGAAGAGCAUUACCGCUUCCACGAGUUUCACUCGCCUGCCCUGGAGGAUGCCGAUUUCGACAACAAGCCCAUGGUCCUGCUGGUGGGCCAAUACUCCACUGGGAAGACCACCUUCAUCAGGUACCUGCUGGAACAGGAUUUCCCGGGUAUGAGGAUUGGGCCCGAGCCAACCACUGACUCCUUCAUUGCGGUGAUGCACGGAGAGGUGGAGGGGAUCAUCCCCGGGAACGCCCUGGUGGUGGAUCCUAAGAAGCCAUUCAGGAAACUGAAUGCCUUUGGCAAUGCCUUCUUGAACAGGUUCAUGUGUGCCCAGCUGCCCAACCCCGUGCUGGAGAGCAUCAGUGUCAUCGACACUCCAGGGAUCCUCUCUGGGGAGAAGCAAAGGAUCAGCCGAGGGUAUGACUUUGCAGCUGUCCUCGAGUGGUUCGCUGAGCGGGUCGACCGCAUCAUCCUGCUGUUUGAUGCCCACAAGCUGGACAUCUCUGAUGAAUUCUCGGAAGUCAUCAAGGCCCUCAAGAACCACGAGGACAAGAUGCGGGUGGUGCUGAACAAGGCCGACCAGAUUGAGACGCAGCAGCUGAUGCGGGUGUACGGGGCCCUCAUGUGGUCCCUGGGGAAGAUUGUGAACACCCCAGAGGUGAUUCGGGUCUACAUUGGCUCCUUCUGGUCCCACCCCCUUCUCAUCCCCGACAAUCGGAAACUCUUUGAGGCCGAGGAGCAGGACCUUUUCAGAGACAUCCAGAGUCUGCCCCGAAACGCUGCCCUGCGCAAACUCAACGACCUCAUCAAGAGAGCCAGGCUGGCCAAGGUCCAUGCCUACAUCAUCAGCUCUCUAAAGAAGGAGAUGCCCUCCGUGUUUGGAAAGGAAAACAAGAAGAAGGAGCUGGUGAACAACCUGGCUGAGAUUUAUGGCCGGAUCGAGCGGGAACACCAGAUCUCACCUGGGGACUUUCCCAAUGUGAAGAAGAUGCAGGACCAGCUGCAGGCCCAGGACUUUAGCAAAUUCCAGCCACUGAAGAGCAAGCUGCUGGAGGCAGUAGACGACAUGUUGGCCCACGACAUUGCCCAGCUCAUGGUGCUGGUGCGCCAGGAGGAGACACAGCGGCCCGUCCAGAUGGUGAAGGGUGGAGCGUUCGAGGGCACUCUUCAUGGUCCCUUUGGGCACGGCUAUGGGGAGGGGGCCGGGGAGGGCAUCGAUGAUGCUGAGUGGGUGGUGGCCAGGGACAAGCCCAUGUAUGACGAGAUCUUCUACACCUUGUCACCGGUGGACGGCAAGAUCACAGGUGCUAAUGCCAAGAAGGAGAUGGUCCGCUCCAAGCUGCCCAACAGCGUGCUGGGCAAGAUCUGGAAGCUGGCUGACAUCGACAAGGAUGGCAUGUUGGAUGAUGAGGAGUUCGCACUGGCCAACCACCUCAUUAAGGUCAAGCUGGAGGGGCAUGAGCUGCCCAAUGAGCUGCCUGCGCACCUCCUGCCCCCAUCCAAGAGGAAAGUCACUGAGUGAUGAGGGACAAGGGGUGGUUCAGAGCAGGCAGGUGUUAGAGGAAAUGAGGGAGGUGAUGAGACACACACACACACGCGUGCACGCGUGUGCAGAUCUUGAGAACUGCAGUGCAGAUGAGAGAGGACAGUGAUCCCCAGGUUUCCAGGCUGAUCUUUGUUUGGACGCAUCUACAGGUUCUCAGCAUUGGUAGAAGCACAAGGGCACUCCCAGGGUCGCAAGUUUCAAGCCUAGGUCUCCAUCCCUCUCUCCCUCCCGUCUUCCGCUACACAGAGACCUGCUUUCUCCCGGAGAGGCAGUUCACUUGCCCACAGAUGGCCCACCCACCUCCAGAUUUCCUGGACUCUGAGCAGAUGGAAAGGCUUUUCACUUCAUAGGCAAUUCACGUUGUUUUCUGUGCUCGCUCCCCCUCUUUGGCUUCCCAAUGUGAAAUCUGCUCCGGGCCUGGGAAAUGAGGGAGGCGAGGAGGGAAGCAUCCUCGGGGAACCAGGUCCCAGUCGUGGAGUUCAUGGCCCUGAGCUGUUUUUUCCAAGACUUAGGCUCUGUCUGCCUCAACAAACCUGGCUUUGAACCCUGUUGGCACUUCAUUUGAAAGAAUCCCAGUGAGGGAGGGAGAAGAGAAAAAAUUGACAGGAAAGAAUGCAAAGAAACUGUCCUCUAAUCCUCUACUCAGAGCCGAUCAAGGUGGUUUUAUUCCAGAUUUUGUGAGAUUCAUAUUCUUUCCACCCGGCCUCUGAUGUUUGGAGGCUCAUACUCAAUUACAUGUAUCCAGACCCCGCCGUGAGCCAGGAACCGUGUUAGGCACUUUAUGUACAUUAUCUACGUGGCCCUCGCUCCCCGCAGGGAAGUAUGCCUUAGUCCCCCUAUUUUGCAGAUGAGGAGCCCGAGUCUCAGACUCUAAGUGACCUUCCCAACAUCACAGCUCACACGUGAUGGAGAGAGGAUUCAAAGCCAGGGGUUCAGAGUCUUCCCUCUGCUGUGACAAUGUGUGCAGGAUUCCAGCUCUGCUAGCCCAUGACGAAUCAUGGAGAACAAGCCAAGCAUGCAGGUCCCCUCAGCCUCCCACAACAGGCUGGUGCAGGAGAAGGGCUAGGCAGCAUUUGGUGGGCCUUCAGUCUGGCCAUCUGUCACAUCACAGAAGCAAACCGUGCCUUCUGGCUGUGUGCCUCACAUCCCUAAAAUUGCAGAAGUCCAACAGCGCCAGCAGGAGAGUGGGCCGGCCUGCUGGAUGAUGUUCGAGUCUGUCUCUGCUCCACCUCCCACCAGUAGCCUGAAUCAUCCAGCUCCAGUGCAGCCACCAACUCUUAGCAAGUGGGACCUCGUGCUGAAUCUCAGAAGGCCAACUUGAGAGGUCUGAGGUCUUGUUCCUUGCAGGACCCCCAGUGACCCUGCAGUGUCCUUGGCAAAUCCCCACCAUUCUCAGUGCCCCACUCCCUCCUUCAUAGUCUCUCCCUUGCUUCGUGGCCACUGAACGGGUCACUUUGUAUGGUAUGCUUCUAACUGUGAUGGAAAACAAAAACAAGUAUAACUUAUUUUAUAUCUAUGUUGAGACUAUAGAGAAUAUUCUAUGUAUCUAUGUGCUCACUACUGCAGUGCGUUUGUCAUUAGUAUUCUUGUUAAUAUAUCACAUUUAUCCUUUGGUACCCACUUGGCCACAAAGCAUCAUUCCAGGGGAGGCUGAGGGAGAGGGGUUGGGUUCUUACUGAGGGUUUCUCCUGGCAUCUUUGGCAGAGGAUUGGUCUGCCCAUAGCCAGCAUCCGCCAGUAGCAUCCCCUUGGCCUGGUGCCUGUCCAGGCCCAGUGACUAUCCAGGCUGACUUCAUGGAACCAUUGCUUCCUGGAAAUCUCGAGUGGAGAUGGUCCCCAAACCUUAGGGCUUCCUUCUGCAUCCACACAUUGCUUUUUCACAUGUAAUAAAGCCUUCUUCAAAUAGAGCGUCAAGCCCAGCAAAGGGACCAUUUCUUAGCUCUACGCCUUUCUUUGAGCUAAAGGAGAAAUUGGAAGGAGACAGCAGAGGAAGGUGUAGUUUCUGUCUUUUUGUUUUAGAAGAAAGAGGGGUGUCAGUCCCCUCGCCGCACCCGCCCCCCCGCCACUUCAUGCACCACCUUCCUGCCUUACGUCUCCCUGCCUGUCUUCCCUCCCUUCUUCAAGACUCCACCCCAGAGAGAUCUAUGUGGCAUGAGAAUUCCAUGAUGACACUUCUCCCAUCUCCCAAGAAAGAGGAAAUAAUGCUUGAGGCUCCUCUCAAUGGGUGAGGGGACAGUUGAGGACUACUUUCUCUGGGACUGGCCCUCUGACUCUUGCUGCCUUGACCUACUGACCUUGUAUAGAGGCCUAGGGAGACCUCAUGCCUCAGCCUGGAAAACAUUUAAUCUGGAAAGCAGAGACUCGUCGUGGCAGUCUCACAGGCAAGAAUCCCUCGAGACCCCACUGUCCUGUCUCUCCCUUCCCCACACCACUUAGCCUGGGCCACAGAAAUCGUCAGACAGGAAGAGCGACACCCCACACCCCUGCCCCAGCAAAGCUUGCCCCCGGCGCCUAAAAGCUAAACUGUGACCAAAGUCAUUGUGUCCAGGUGCAGGGGACCCUGCUGGCGAUGCAGGACCUGGCCUCAAUUUGCAGAGUGCUGAGAGGUUGCCCUGAGUCACCCCCACUCCUAUUUAUGCUCUCUGUUCCAAGAGCCUACAUUUAUGUGUUAGCUGGUCAGAAUCAGCAGAGCUAUCUGGGGAGAACAGGCUUCUUUAUUUCCCCUAUGAGAUACUAACUGGCCUCCAUACGUAUUCAAUCCUUUAUUCUUUAGUUUGUCCAUCCAUCCACCCAUCCAUUCUUUCUUUCACUCAGAAGAUACUGAGACCCUCUGGCAGGAAAGGCCCUAAGGUGAAGAUAGCAAUUCAUCCAUUGAGAUAUUCAAAAAUACUUAAUAGAUGCCAUCUGUGCAGGAGGGACAAUUCUAGAUGGAUCAAAUCAAGUUCCUGCUGUCAAAGAGCUCACAACUUCAUAGGGAAGUGAGGCAUUUAUACAAAUAUUGACAAUACAAUGAGGGACCAUGACAGGUUCUGGGCAGCAAAGUGCAGGCAGAGCGAGGGCUCGUGAGAGACAGAAAUAGCUUCCACCUGGGGAGAAGGUGGUUGGAGAAAGCCUGGGAUAAAGAUGUGGUACUUGAGCUGAACCUGAGAAACCUUUUGGGGUCCGCUCUUGUGCCUAUCAUCUCACCCUCUCAUCCAAGGAAGAUAGGCAGCGUUUUUAUACAAAAGUAAACACACAGCAUUCCCAGCCUGCAGAAUCAUGACUGACGGAGAAGCUCUGAUGUAUUUGAGGAAAAGCGUGAUUAGAAUUUUGCCUCUGGGGACUGUGCUGGUUUUUCACAGGCCAUUUUUAAGUAAAAGUUUUAUCAGUAUCUUGAAAGUUGAAAUUUUCAGUGCCCAGAAGAAAAGAAAAUGGUAAUGGGCGAUGUAGGUUAUCCUGGUUGCAGCGAUGAGGGGAAUGGAAGGAUGUGGGGGCGCGUGCUCCCCUCAACCUCCCACUGAAGGGAAUUAGUGCUGUUCACCACAUUUUGGUUUCCUGGUCCUUCUGGCACAGGGAGGAUUGGAUUUGCCACCUCCUAGAAGUUAAGCGAGCCCUGUGCCUUGCUUUGGUUGGUGAAAUACGAGUGUAAACAACAUGUCCCUUCUUUGCAAGUGUACCAUGUUCUGCUUUUCCCGCUUCGCCAGGAAUGCAUGUGGGAGCAAGUGUGAAGAUGGAGCCCACGUCUCUGGGACACUUUGCAAUCCCUUCCCCCUUCCCAGUCUGCACUGGACAGGUGACAUGAACAAGAUACAAACCCCAGUCGUUUUAAUUUUAAGUCGCUGAUAGUCAUGGGUUUUAACCCAUGUGGGCAUAACCUAGAUUAUCAUAAUCAAAAUACCUAGUCAGUUCUUCCAGUAGUUUAAGACUACCAUUGGAGCAAGUGUAAAGGAGAGAAAGUCUCCCAGGAGUCUGAGUUCCUGCCUCCUGAAGAACCAAGUCCACCUGAGGAGGAAGGCAUUGGAGAUGUAACAAAAUCGCUUCGUGUCUGAGCCAUAUUCUGCAAUAGCACUUUUUUUCUUUUUUUCAAUUGUGUUAAAAUACACAUAACAUAAAAUUCACCAUCUUAGCUGUU